AGAAUGUUGAGUUUAUCUUCAAAAAUCUUCUAGCUGGAGCAAACAGAGGAUAAAGAAGAUUAAAGAAUAAUAAAAUAAAAAUACAACCUAACAAAUGGUUUAUGAUAACCAUAUUUAUCAAACACAGGGUUUUCCAGGUCUCGAAAGCAUGUAUGGGCCGGCAGGUCCGCGUAGGACGUUACGCCAAAAAGAAGAAGAAAAAGAAGAAAAAGAAGAAGGGAUUUUCCAGGGGUUUUCAGAGUUGUGGGACCCUUCCUUGACUCUUUCUUGUGGGGAAAUGGACUUCGGCACUAUUCCUAUUGGAUUUAUUCAUGAACGUUGCUAUCCAAUAGGAAUUUUCCCAUUACAUCAAGUUCAUUUUACCGAAGAAGAGUCAAUAAAAUGUCCCACAGUUACGAGAACUCCUGGACACCCUGUAAUGAAAAUUAUUACAGCUAUCUAUCGCAGAUGAAACAAAAAAUGAAUUAAAAAUUGGAUACAAGAUUCACUUUGAAAAAUUGACUGCCAUUUAACCAUUGUCUCAUGUAAUAGUAAAUGAUUUGUCCAUAAAAUGGCUUUAAACGUUGAAUUCUAUUAAUAUGAAAUUUGGAAACGCACAAAAGUUUAUAGUAAUUUUGCUUGACCUCGUCGGUGCGAUUUUUGGGGUGUAGCUGCAGCAAAGCGCUUAAGCCUGCUUGCAACAACGCGCCAGCAGGUGUGGCCGGCAUGUGCUCGAAGACGGCCGUCGCGCCACUCGAUCGCAUCAAGAUCCUGCUGCAGGCCCACUCGAUCCACUACAAGCAUCUCGGCGUGUUUAGCGGGCUGAAGCACAUCGUCAAGAAGGAGUCGUUCUUCGCCCUGUACAAGGGCAACGGGGCCCAGAUGGUACGGAUAUUUCCGUACGCCGCCACCCAGUUCACCGCAUUCGAGGUGUACAAAAAGUAUCUGGGCAAAGCGUUAGGCACGAACCUGCCGAUCAAGCACGCGGACAAAUUCAUUGCCGGUGCGGCCGCAGGCGUGACGGCAGUCACCUUGACGUAUCCACUGGACACGAUCAGAGCGCGGCUUGCCUUCCAGGUUACCGGCGAGCAUCGGUACAACGGUAUUGUGCAUACGGCCGUGAGCAUCUUUCGGACGGAAGGAGGACUGCGCGCCCUUUACCGUGGUUUCGUGCCGACACUGAUGGGCAUGGUACCGUACGCUGGCUUUUCGUUCUACUGCUUCGAGAUGCUUAAGUUUGUCUGCAUGAAGUACGCACCGGGCAUUACGUGUAAAAAGUGCGACAGAAACACCGGCGGGCUAGUACUUUGCGUGCCGGCAAAGUUACUGUGCGGUGGAUUUGCUGGUGCGGUCGCACAAUCGUUCUCCUACCCGCUGGACGUCACCCGAAGGCGGAUGCAGCUGGCAAUGAUGAACCCGGAAACGGCUAAAUUUGGGAGCAUGGGCAUGUGGAAAACGCUAUCGAUUAUCUACAACGAAAACGGCAUCAUGCGGGGCCUUUACCGGGGGAUGUCGAUCAACUAUCUGCGCGCCAUACCGAUGGUGGCCGUGUCCUUCUCGACCUACGAGGUUCUGAAGCAAGCGCUUAAGCUCGACACGGGCAUGAAGAUAUAAUGACAAGCCGGUAGAGGAAGCUUCAUAGCGACGCUUGCUAGUAAGUGCGCGUUACGAGGGCGGGAUUGAUUUUUGUUAUGCUUAGUUAAUUUGUUUAUUUUGAGUUUAGAUUAUUUUAUGUUUUUUUGACAAUUUUCAUUACCACAACAACACAUCUUCCCUGUCUCUCUCUAUAUGUAGCUAAUUUUUCGUUCAUUUCAUGUGUAAGAAGGUAUCUAUCAUGUUUUGUUUUGUAGAAGUAGAAGCUACAAUCGUGACAAGGUGGAAACGGCACGAUCGUACACUGCUUCACUGAGCUAUCCAGGAGUACAGGGGUUCCUUAAGAGAUAUUUAUUUCUAUAGCUUUUACAACUGCACAGAGCUACCAUUGUCCUGUAAAAAAACAAAAGCAGAAAUGGUCGUAGAAGAUGAACUUUCUAUCACCAACUUUUUAUUUCAAUUUAGUUGUCAGGGUGUGUAGGGGGGAACAAAAUGCGUCACACCUAUGACGUUUGUGCUUUUAGUACAACAAAUAACAUGGACAGUCACCGUGACACAGAAUCAAUGUGGAAGUAUUAAUGUUUAAGCAAGGUUUCCGUACUUAAGCUUAAGUAAGGAGAGGCAAAGGCAAGCGUUUCUUGAACCAUUAUACGCAACAAAAAAGAAAAAGUAAUAACAGUGUUUUAAGGAUAGCGUUGAUUGUCGUGACUAUGAAGUGAGAAAAGGAAAAAGGACAUGCACACACAAUUAUGUUGCUUUACGCAUUAGGUGAAAUAAUGAUUGUCAAAUUAGUAGAGUAUACUUAGCGGCUAAUGAUGUGACUAAAGUAGUGAGCGAUGGUAAAAAAGGAGAAACGGGGCGGUAUUUUUUAAAAAGCGCUAAACAGCGGCCGCCUUCUUCCCUACUCUUAUGACUAUGGACAAAAAGAAACACAAGAAACGUAAAUAAAGAUGAUGACAUAUUUUGUUACAAUA